UUUAUUUUCUAUCUUUUAAUGUACACUAUGAAUCAGUUUUACUUCUCUAUUAAAUUGUUAAUUUCUAGCUACGUUAGGAAUAGCCGUGCCCUCUAGCUCUCGGUCAGCGGAUGUAACGUCCUGUCUGUUAGUUAGAUGAAGGCGGUGCUAGCGGUGCCCAAGCAGCAGCAGGGCCUCGCCUUUGUGGGUGUAGAGAGAGAAGAUGGCUCCCGUUCUGGAGAAACAGCUCCCGGGUGCAGCCGGACCGGGUGACAAUAACAAGGAAGACGAAGAAGGACAAAACCUCUGGUCCUCAAUACUCAGUGAAGUCUCAACAAGGUCGAAUUCAAAGUUACCAUCAGGAAAAAAUAUCCUCGUGUUUGGUGAGGAUGGAUCGGGAAAGACGACGAUUAUGGCCAAACUCCAAGGAGCUGAGCACAACAAGAAGGGGAGAGGGCUGGAGUAUCUUUACUUGAGCGUCCAUGAUGAAGACCGAGAUGACCUGACUCGCUGCAAUGUGUGGAUCUUGGAUGGAGAUCUGUACCAUAAAGGCCUUCUAAAGUUUGCUGUCACGCCUCAGUCGCUACCCAGCUGUCUGGCGGUUCUUGUUGCGGACAUGUCGCGGCCCUGGACCAUUAUGGAGUCAUUGCAAAAGUGGGCCAGUGUUCUACGAGACCAUGUGGACAAGCUAAAGAUUCCUCCAGAGGACAUGAGAGAAAUGGAACAAAGGAUGGUAAAAGCCUUUCAAGAGUACUCGGAACCAGAAGAUGCAGCCCCAUCCUCCCCACGACGGGCCCCGACGUCAGGGGAAGAAGAGACUGUUGUUCUACCGCUUGGAGAAAACACACUCACACACAACUUGGGCAUUCCAGUGUUAAUUGUUUGCACAAAGUGUGACGCGAUCAGCGUAUUAGAGAAGGAGCACGACUUCAGAGACGAGCAUUUUGAUUUCAUCCAGUCCUGCAUCAGACGGUUUAGCUUACAGUAUGGUGCUGGCCUGAUCUACACUUCAGUCAAAGAGGAGAAAAACCUGGAUCUGCUUUACAAAUACAUCGUACACAAGCUGUAUGACUUUCAAUUCGUCACACCAGCCUUAGUGGUGGAGAAAGAUGCAGUGUUCAUUCCGUCUGGAUGGGAUAAUGAGAAGAAAAUUGGGAUUUUGCAUGAAAACCUCACAACAGUCAAACCAGAAGAUCCUUUUGAAGAUUUCAUCACAAAGCCUCCAGUGCGAAAGUUGGUCCAUGACAAAGAAAUAAAUGCAGAGGAUGAACAAGUAUUCCUGAUGAAGCAGCAGUCUUUGUUAGCAAAGCAGCCAGCAACUCCAACAAGAGGAGCAACAGAGUCUCCUGGAAGGACAGCCUCUGGGUCUCCCAGAGCACCGAGUCGUGCUGGUCAGCCAAGUGUAACCAGCUCACCGAUGGCUUCUGUCAAAAAGCCUGACCCUAACAUGAAAGGAGCUGCUAAUGAAGGAGUGCUGGCCAACUUCUUCAACAGUCUGUUGAGUAAAAAGACCGGAUCGCCAGGAAGCCCAGGAGCUGGAGCAGUGGGAGCUGGGGUGCAGGGAUCUGCAAAGAAAACAGGGCAGAAGCCGGGUUUGACUGACGUCCAGGCCGAGUUGGACCGGAUGACUCGCAAACAAGACUCCUCCACAGUUUCAGCUAACAACAUACCGCCAACAGAAAACGAAGCGUGAAGGCAACAAAACGGCUGCAUCGUCCACUGCGUUAAUACUCUGGAAAAAAAUAUAUGUACAUGUGAGCAUAAAAAAAAAAGAAAAAAAUUGACCAAAUCCCCAACGCCUGUAUCAGUCAGCACACACUGUCAGUUUCACCAAAUGAGCUUCCGAUGCGAUCAGAUGGUGAGAUGGGAUGAGGGAUAACACUGAUGGAUCUCCUAACGAGAUGAGGAAGUGCCGAAGGCUUGGCUUUAUUUCUGUCUUCUCUUCAACUGUAAAUGCUAUUUUGUGAGGGAUGUCAGUUUUAUGGAAAUGUGUGCACACUCCCUGGCAGCCAACCUGAUGUGCUGGGCUGCAGGCCCCCCCGCUUCCUGGGGGUAAAGCACUAUCCUUGUGGAUUUUGAGAGGUGACGUCAUAGUUGGCCUUAUGGCCUUUGGUUCAGUUUAACUCGCAGAAGGAAUUGAAUUGGGAUUGGAAAGGUAUUUAAACAUAAAUGUUAAGAAAGGUAAAUAAAAUACUUGCAAAGAUAUGUAAAAAAAAAAAAAAAGAUGGACAUGAUACUAUUGUAUUUAUACAAGGGUUCUCCUUUUUGUUUUAUUUUCUGCACCAUUUCUCGGUAAGAGCUAACGUUUAUCUUUAUCACAUAACAUGUUAAAUUGUCACUGACAUCAUGACACUAAUAUGACAUGUCUACCCCGCUCAUAGCAUAUCUUUUACUCAUCUUGAAGGAUUCUGUAGAUAUAAAAGCAUAAAAACAAUACACAAACUGCAUUUCUGUCCAAACAGUUAACAUAGCCUCUUUGACUAAAUGAGAAUGGAUGGGAUUUUGGACGCGCUUAGAGGUCAGAGCAGCGUUGCUUGUUUAGGUAAAGGGUUGUAUAUUUUGGGAGGGGGCUUGGGCAGCAUCUUUCCUACUAUAACUCCUAAGUGCCUCGUACAGUUAGCCGUUUGUGUCGUAGUAGAGGUGCUUGUCUACACUAGAGGAAAUGCACUGUAGCACCACUGUCUUGUUUUUGUCCCCUGAAUAAUUUAUUUUCUUUUCUUUCCUUUUUUUUUUUUCUUUUGUCAUUGUACAAAAGCCUGUGGUCUGUCUAUUUUUUCAAAAAUAAGCUUUCUGUGGCCUCUUAAACAACGUUUAAUAGAGUAAAUGCCUUCAAGUAUACCGGCUGCUGACAUCGAGGAGAACCGCUACAUACGUUCAGUGCUGCGGUUGGAACAAAACGGAGAUCUUAUGGUGUUGGACAGCACUUUUCCUCCUCUGGUUUCAUAUUUGUUCUCCAUGCUGUACUUUGCAUGUUGGUCAAAGACAUUCCUGUUCAAGUCUGCGGAGAAACAAAUGCAUCCCUGUAGGAACCCCAUUUCUCCAUUUAGGUCUUUUUUUUUUUGUUAGUUGAAUAUGAUCAUAAAAUUACGACCUUUUGCCUUCAAUGUACAGCUGACAGUUUGCCACACUAGCCUCCACCCCCCACCCCCUUGCCUUCACAAGGAGGAACUGAACAUUGUGUGUCCUUAAGGGGUUGCUUGAUUGUCUUCUGCCAUUACUGUUUUGAUCUUUUACUUGCAGCAGGUAAACUGUACCAUAUCUUAGUGUUUGUUAGUUUUCUAGUUUGAUACCAUAAUCCAAAUGAAUUCAGCACAAAGUUUUUUGUUUGUUUUUUUAUAUGCAAGGCCCUGCUUAAUCCUGUGGAUAAUAUUCAGUGUGGAGUGGCUUUUUACAGAAUUACAGUCUGAGGAAAGCAGCUGUUUUUUAUUCUGUGUACAGGGGGGACUGGAACUUGUAACCAAAGAUGCAUAUUAGUCCCUACUUUCUGCAUUUGUAUGUCUUCCAUUAGAUUAACCAGUGGCCUUUCUUGUGAAACUCUUGCAUGAAGCUCUAGCAUUCCACACAUCAGACCUGCCUUUAAACCUUUUAUCAACAUCCUGUGAAUUGGUUAAAAAAAACAAAUGUGCUAUUCAGCAUUUUUGGUCUGUAGCCUAAUGAAACACACUGAAAGCCACUUAAACUAAACCAUUGGCCAACAGGAAUUAAUGUAUUUACAUUUUCUCUUAGCUGUAAGGAAAAAUCUAAAUUCCUUCAUUGGUCAUCUGGCUGCUUUUUGCAGUAUAAAAAAAAUCAUAAUUAACUAAACGUUUUCUUUUCCAAGGUGUAUGGUGGUGUUUUUUUUUUGUUUUUUUUUUUCUAGUUGGAAUUGAUGAAGCACAAUUAAGGAUCAACCAGAAGCAGCUGGAACACGCUAAAUAAGCACUUCCCCAAAAACAUUUAAAGAAGGGUCUCGUCUUUUAAAUUUUUUAUUUAAAGAUUAUAAUAAAUUCCCCCCUUUUUUAGGAAAAUUGCUAAAAAUCAUAAGACAACUGUUAGUGUUUAAGGAGUAUAGUACAUGUGAUGCAUAUUUUACCUGCUGGUAGUUAAGUAGCACCCUGAUUAAUUUUGAUCAUCCCUUAGCCAUACUGGCAUCAUUGAGGCUUUCAGCUGUGUGGAGUGCUCUCGUGCUGCUCUGUCGGAGUAUAUCUUCUUUAUUGAAGAUCGGGUGUUGCUUUGAUCAUUUGAAACUGAUAAAAAAAAUUAACUUUUGUACUCAGAUCUGACCUGAAAUUAGCUGCUUCAUAACAUCCUAACUGAAUGGCCUUCAACCACUAUUGACUGUCUUCAUCUAUGCGAGACUAUGAGCUUCUGCUUCCAGUCCUUUUAUAUUCAGGAUAUCAAGACAUUUUUAAGCACAUGGCUGGCUCUUUUGUGUCCUAGAAUGGUUCAAGAGGUUGAUGUUAUAUUGUCUGUAACAAAACUAUGUAGCCUCUAAGCUGCCAUGUGGAUCCUAGCUUCUUAUGCUGACAAAGAUAAGGAAAUGUUUAUCAGAACCCUGGCUUCAAUAAAACCAAGAAUCCCA